CACGUCUAUUGUGGCGCCUGUCCUGCAUUGUUCUUUUCAUACUUGGACUUGUGUACACAAGCACGCAUCAAUUAUAAAAACAACGGCUGCUCAUCUGCGCUGUAGAAGAGUCUUCCGCCCCUACUUUUUCCAACAUUCUUGUUCAAUGAUGUAUUUGGCAUCUAAGCAAUACACAUGUAGUCAAGACCUGAUCACACACUUAGCGCCAACUCGUAAACGACCCCACACGCACUAUCCACACUCUCCAGCUACAGAGUCCUCCCGUCCCUACGUUAGCAUUCCUUCAAACAACCGUCACUAG